CUUGAUCCACGAUGCUUCUAUUGUUGUGUUAACAUAAAGGAAGGAGGCACGCGCCUAAAGAAACCUGUUGGAAGCAGGUUUGGGAUUUUUAGCGUUUCCUCUUUUAAAAUCUCUCUAAAUCUCCUCCUUCCUCACGCAUCUUCUCUCCUUUCCCUCUGAGCUUAGAGGCACUUUUAUGGCAUUGGAGCACUUGUGCAGCAACCUCUGUUUCCUUGUAUUAGGGAAACAACUAGAGCUUCUCCUCCUCAACAUUGGUUUGCCUGUUCUUUCUUCUCUCCUCAUUAACAGGACACCCUAAACCAGUCUGGUGAAGCUUUUUUUUAAAAGAAAAAUAUGGUUUCCUCUGAGUGUCCUGUUGCCAACAAAAACCUAACCGGGAAACGCAUGUUUCUAACCAUCACCCCACCACAAGCUGUCUUGAAAGAAAGCCUCGAGCUCGACUUCUCUGACGUCUUUGGUCCACUCCCCGAAGACCACCCCACCGACGUUGCAGCUUUCGACGAGGGACCUGCUGUUAUCCACAGCCGAUCCCACUCCUUGGUUGGCCCGUCUCUGAUCAACAGUCAUUCUUUCAAGCUCAGUAGCAAGCUCACCUUGGAAUGUCUCGAAGGUGAAUCCUCUUGUAACGAAGACACCGAGACCGAGAAACCUAAGAAGGUCUCGGGUGGUGUAGGCAUCGAGGACUUUGAGGUUUUGAAGGUUGUGGGACAAGGCGCGUUCGGGAAAGUGUACCAGGUGAGGAAGAAGGAGACUUGCGAGAUUUACGCCAUGAAGGUCAUGAGGAAAGACAAGAUCAUGGAGAAGAAUCACGCCGAGUACAUGAAAGCCGAACGCGACAUUCUCACCAAGAUUGAUCAUCCUUUCAUCGUUCAGCUCAAGUACUCCUUUCAGACCAAGUACAGGCUCUACCUUGUGCUCGACUUUAUAAACGGAGGGCAUCUUUUCUUCCAGCUCUACCAUCAAGGGAUUUUCAGAGAGGAGUUGGCUCGUGUGUACACUGCGGAGAUCGUCUCUGCGGUCUCCCAUCUCCAUGAGAAUGGGAUUAUGCAUAGGGAUCUGAAGCCUGAGAACAUACUCAUGGACACAGAUGGGCAUGUGAUGCUGACAGAUUUUGGUUUGGCUAAGGAGUUUGAUGAGAACAAAAGAUCGAACUCCAUGUGUGGGACUACCGAGUAUAUGGCACCUGAGAUCGUUAGAGGCAAAGGACAUGAUAAGGCUGCUGACUGGUGGAGUGUUGGGAUUCUUCUCUAUGAGAUGCUCACUGGAAAGCCACCGUUUCUUGGGAGCAAAGGAAAGAUACAGCAGAAAAUAGUGAAGGACAAGAUUAAACUUCCACCGUUUCUGUCAAAUGAAGCUCAUGCGUUGCUGAAAGGACUGCUGCAAAAAGAGCCAGAGAGGCGACUAGGGAGUGGACCGAGGGGAGCAGAGGAGAUUAAGGGACACAAAUGGUUCAAGGGGAUGAACUGGAAGAAGGUGGAGGCGAGAGAAGUGAAGCCGAGUUUCAAGCCGGAGGUGUCGGGAAGGCAAUGCAUAGCGAAUUUCGACAAGUGUUGGACUGAUAUGUCAGUGUUGGAUUCGCCAGCAAGCAGUCCAAGCUCGGAUCCUGAGGCCAAUCCUUUCACCAACUUCACGUACGUCAGGCCUCCUCAUUCGUUCCUCAACCAAACCACAUCGACUUUGUAGAGGAACUAUAUGUUAUUAAAUGGGGGUUUAUGAAAAUACAUGAUUUGAUGUUGAUAAAAUAUACAAAAUCUGAUGUUGUGUUAUUUCUUCUCAUGCUUGUCAAAACCAGUGUGGUCGUUUCUUUCUCAACAUGUACAUUCGCUUUUACCUUUUUAAGAAAAUGUUUAAUAUCAAA